AGCUCCACAUGCAUCACUACUUGCGCAACCUGCCCCUCCUUCUUCAGUCGCAAACAACCGCAACCACCGCCUCCGCUCUUCAUAACCAGCGAUUCCUCGCCUCCUGGCAGACCCUUUUUUUCCGGGAGAAACCAAAGCUGCGCGUCCCUUGUUUUUCUUGAAGUUGUGAGAAAGAAUGGGAAACUGCGCGGAGACGUGCAAGCAGAGGAGAUGUGAAGAGAUCUGUAAAGAGCCGGAGGCGUUCCGGCCUCAAGAGAUCAAGAACGGGAAGAUGGCGGCUCGCGGCGGCUCGGCGGCCAAGAUCAGCGUGGACCCGAGUGGCAAGAUCGACGGUGGCGGGGGUGGGAGGGUCAGGGUCAAGAUACUGCUGACCAAGGAGGAGCUGGAGCUGCUGCUGAUCCAGUUGGGUCGCAGGAAAGGAGGGCCGAAGAGCAACCUAGAGCAAGUCUUGGGCGAAAUAGAGAGAGGGAGGAGGAGAAACAGCAGCUUCCCUGAAGCUGCUGAUGUUGGGUCGUGGAAGCCAUCGCUUGACAGCAUCAUGGAGGUGCCUGAGGUGCCUGAGAUGGAGAGGAGGUCAUGAUGAACUUAUUUUUUUUCAAUUUUUUUUUCAACCUUCUUUCCUUUUUCUUUGUUAAUUUGCAAAGAUCUUCUUGUAUUUUGAUCGAUGGAAGGGCUUUUCGAGGAGGGAGAGAUUAGUCCGGAACCAUGUAAAUUAUUUUUUUGGGAUUUUGCUGGACGGCCCCUGAGGUUCUUGCUCCUUUUCACUUGUUCAUCCUCCCCUCCUCCUUUUGAUAGUGGAAAUUUUUUAGGUUUGGAUGUUGGUGGCACAAACUUGGAAUAAUACGCAUUGCCAAUUCACAA